AUGUUUCGCCAACUCUUGCUGCUGGCGCUCUUGUGGCAGUUGCGCGGAGCGUGCUCAUCAUGGGACGGAAGGGAAUGCCGACGAUUGAUGAGCGCCCAACUCCUGUCGCGGUCGACAUUGGAGUACAAGUGCGAUUUUCCAAUAUUCCUGGUUGAUUCCAAGAUUCUAAAGAAGGAUCCAAUGACGGUUCUCACAAUGAAAAUGAGGGAGUACUGCCCGAGGUCUUGCUGUCUGACGACCACCACGACGACCACCACCACCACCACCGAAAAGCCGAAAUCGCCGGCGGAGAAGUUUGACGAUAUUCUGAACGCUGAUCAGAAUUUCAAAUCGCUGCUUCUGAAUUUAGGAGUUGAGAUUGAUCCUGACAAUGGGCUCAAACGCUAUGAGAAAUACGCCAACGUAAAGGAUCAGGUGGAUAUCCAUAAUGAGAUGUUUGCGACUGGCAAAUCGAGCUUCAAAAUGAAGGCCAACAAGUUUUCCGUAUCGCUACCCGAUGAAAUCGCGCCUUUGACUUUAGACGUCUCCGCGCUAACGCCAAUUCAAACCGAUUCGAUACCGAGAACGAAGCGCGCUUCCGGCGAUUCGAGCGUUGAUUGGAGGCGCCUUAUGAAGCCGGUCACCAAUCAAUACGAUUGCGGUGGCUGCUGGGCGUUUUCGAUGGUCGCCAUGAUUGAAGCGUUCUUCGCCAUACGCAAUUAUACGAUUCCGAGCUUAUCGAUUCAGCAGCUUCUCACUUGCGACACCGACAUUGAGCCGACGUGGGGCGUCGCGAACAUCGGAUGUCGCGGAGGGUAUUUCCAGGUCGCCGCGUGGUAUUUGAAGAACCGCGCCGAAAGGUCCGCAGAUGAUAUUCCGUUUGAUUUGGAGGACACUUCUUGUGACGCUGACACGUUUGCACCAGUGACACCAAAAAUUCUGACGUUUGACACAGGAUUCAUCAGCAAGCCGAACGACAUCGAAGAAUUGGAGAGGCGAAUGGAAGACAGAGUGCGACGGGGUCCGAUUUCCGUUGGGAUGGCGGUUAGCGAUGACAUAUAUAGUUAUGCGGAAGGAAUCUAUGACGGCGAGUGCGGUUCAACGAUCAAUCAUGCUGUUGUGAUAGUGGGCUUCACGAUGGAUUAUUGGAUUAUUCGAAAUAGUUGGGGAGAGGAUUGGGGAGAGAAUGGAUAUAUGCGUUUGAAGAGGACCCCGGGCAAGGAUAAUUGUAAGCUUUAUCAAUAUUGGGCGCAGGCUUUGGAGGUUGGCGAGCAGGAGAAAUUUGUGCAGAAAGCUGUGAACCCAAUAGUGAAUCAUCAUGUUUCUACAAUGGUCCCUAAUAAGAAUCAAUGUGGUAUUGCUAUUUGUAACGUCUGUGCAGGAGACUGCGAUGAUGAUGAUGAUGAGGAUGAUGAGCUUGACGACGAAAUUGACGAUGAAAGCUCGAUUACCAUAAAAUCGACAACGAGCAGCUCCACGACAUCGACAACUAAAAACGCUAUGCCAGUUCCUUCAGGAUAUCAUGCUGUUGGCCAGCAGCAACAACCUUCCUGCUUUACCAAGAUCCGGAUGGGAUUAAUGAUGGGUGCGAUGAUCGGAGGAGCGACAGGAGUUCUUCUCGGUGGUUUCAUGGGAUUCAGAAUGGGAUUGCGAGGAAAGGAGCUACUGAUCCAGACUGGAAAGACCGUAGCACAAUCAGGCGGAUCGUUCGGAGUAUUCAUGGGCGUCGCACAAGGUCUUCGCUGCUAA